GGCAGUUGCCCAAGUGCGCAAGGCUCCAAGACUGCCAAAAGAAGCCGUGGUAGCGAGUAGCGCCGGGCAACGCUGGGUCGGAUUUGUCGGGUAUGGUUGUGAGUUCGUGUAAGAGCUUAUUCAAUAGCACGUUCAAUAGACAAAUACUUGCCCGUGUACGUAGCUAUCGUAACACUUUCCAACGAGACGGAAGAUCAAUAUUUAUCAGGGGCAUCACUGUAAAAGCACGCAAGAUGCCUAGCCUUGACUCACAAUAUGUUGCCAAGGUGUACAACAACAUCGUUAAAUCAGAGUGUGACAGCAAUGAGUACAGAGGCCUAGAGCUGACAAAUGGCAUGAAAGUGCUGCUCAUAAGUGACCCAACAACGGACAAAUCUGCAGCAGCUCUUAAUGUUCAAGUUGGUUUUAUGUCUGAUCCUCGACAGGUGCCUGGUCUUGCUCAUUUUUGUGAACACAUGCUCUUUCUUGGCACUGAGAAGUAUCCAGAAGAAAAUGCUUAUCACAAGUACCUAUCACAACAUGCAGGCACUGCGAAUGCCUUCACUGCAAAUGACCACACUUGCUACUACUUUGAUGUGGCACCAGAGUUCCUUGAACAGGCCUUGGACAGAUUCGCUUCUUUUUUUGUCUGCCCCCUUUUCAAUGAAGAUGCGUCAGACCGUGAGGCAAAUGCAGUACAUUCUGAACAUGAGAAGAACAUUCAAAAUGAUACAUGGAGGCUUAAUCAGCUUGAAAUAUCGACUGCUAAUCCAAAUCAUGAUUACUGUAAAUUUGGUACAGGAAACAAAGAAACAUUGAGUGUAGCACCCAAGGCUAAUGGAAUCAAUGUCAGAGAGGAGCUCCUGAAGUUUCAUCAGAAGUGGUACUCAUCUAAUAUAAUGGCAGCAGUUGUCCUUGGCAAAGAGACACUGGAUGACCUGAUGAACAUGGUUGUCCCAAUGUUUUCGCAAGUUGUUAACAAAAGAGUGGUGCGACCUGAAUGGCCUGAGCAUCCCUAUGGUCCUGAGCAGUUAAAAGUGAUUGGGCAUGUGGUUCCAGUAAAAGACGACCGGUCAAUGUACAUGACCUUUCCAACUCCUGACCUGAGGAAGUACUACAAGUCUGGUCCUGGACACUACUUGGCUCACCUCAUUGGCCAUGAGGGCCCUGGUAGUCUGCUGUCUGAACUGAAAUCACGAGGCUGGGUCAGCGCUCUGAUUGGAGGGGAGAAAGAUGGAGCUCGGGGUUUUGGUUUUACCAUUGUGAAUGUUGACCUAACUGAAGAAGGCAUCAACCAUACAGAAGACAUUGUCACCUUGAUCUUCCAGUACUUAAACAUGUUGAGGCAGGAAGGUCCCAAGGAGUGGAUUUUUAAUGAACUUAAAGAUCAGUCAAGCAUGGCAUUCAGGUUCAAAGGAAAGGAACGCCCUUUAAACUAUGCCCUGGACCUCGCAAGCUUACUUCAUAUCUUUCCCAUGGAAGACGUUCUUACUGGACCUUACCUUUUGAAGGAGUACAAGCCUGAACUUAUCGAGGAUAUUUUGAAUAGACUUGUACCUGACAAUAUCAGGGUCGCAGUUGUUGGAAAGCAGUUCAGUGGAACAACCAAUGCAGUUGAGAAGUGGUACGGAACUGAAUACAGGCUCGAUCAUAUUCCAGAGGAAACGCUACAGAAAUGGAGGGAAGCUGGUACGCAUGAAAACCUGAAGUUGCCAUCAAAGAACGAGUUCAUUCCAACAAAUUUUGAUGCUUGCCCUCAUGAACCGGAGUAUUGUCACCUACCAGUGAUGAUAAAGAACACUGAAUCCUCAAGAGUGUGGUUUCUUCAAGACAAAGAGUACAACCUUCCCAAAGCUGUACUACAUUUUCAUUUGAAAAGUCCCAUUGCAUACCAGGAUCCUCAUCAUACGAACAUGACACGCAUGUUUGUCAAUCUCUUUGUCGAUGCACUGACUGAGUAUGCAUAUGCAGCCAUGUUAGCUGGUCUCACCUACAGCUUGAGUGACACUGUUUAUGGCAUCAUGCUUAGCAUUAAGGGCUACAACGACAAGCAGCACGUGUUGUUGCAGAAGAUAAUGGACAGAAUGACUAGCUUCACCAUUGAACCGCAACGAUUUGAUAUUCUCAAAGAAUCUUACGUUCGGGGACUGAAGAAUUUUCAGACAGAACAGCCUCACCAGCAUGCAGUGUAUUACACAUACAUGCUGCUCGCACAGAAAGUGUGGUCACAUACUGAGAUGCUAGAAGCAACCGACGAGUUGACAAAAGAGAGCGUUGAAGAGAUGAUACCAAAGCUCUUAUCACGCAUGCAUAUUGAAUGUUUGAUACACGGGAACGCAACUCGCCAGCAAGCUCUCGAUAUUGUUGCCAUUGUGGAGAACAGUCUGUCUACGAAAAGGCAUAUGAAACCAUUGCUCCCAAGUGAGCUUGUAGGUCAAAGGGAACACCAACUUCCUGAGAGGGCUGAUUAUGUGUAUCAGAGAGUGAAUCACAUCCACCAGACAUCAUCCAUUCAGACAUACUUUCAGUGUGGCCCACAGGAAACGCACUCAAACAUGUUGGUAGAACUGUUCUGUCAGUUGAUCAUGGAACCCUGCUACAACAUCCUGAGAACACAGGAACAGCUGGGAUACAUUGUUGCUAGUGGUCCCAGACGAACAAAUGGAGUUCAAGGUGUUCGCAUCAUUGUGCAGUCUGACAGAUCGCCAGUCUUCCUGGACAGCAGAAUCGAAGCGUUUCUGCUUUAUGUUGAUAACUACUUGGAGGAAAUGAGCGACAAGGAGUUUGAAUCCAACAAGAGUGCACUCGCAGUGCGGCGUCUGGAGCGACCCAAAAAGUUGGCGCAAUUGGCGGCAAAGUAUUGGAUGGAGAUCAUAUCCCAGCAGUACAAUUUUGACAGAGAGGCCAUUGAAACUGCACAUCUUGAAACGAUUCAAAAGGAGGAUGUGAUCAAAUUCUUUAAGGAAUACAUUGCACUGGGUGCAACUCACCGCAAGAAGCUGUCAGUACAGAUUAAACCAGUAGCGGGUGAAACUGCAUGGUCGGAGCCAGCGUUGGCAGUGGAUGGAGCGGAUGGGAUCUGUGCGCAAGAUCAAAAGCCCACAAAGAUUGAGAACAUCACGGAAUUCAAGAGGAGCCUUGGACUUUAUCCGCUUGUGAAACCUUACAUUAAUGUCAACGCACCAGCCUCUGGAGGAAAAUCUAAAUUAUAGGUGCAUCUCAAGUGCUCAGAACCAAAGUGAAAUUUUAGUCAGCCUCACUUUAUUUUUAAGCAUCUUUCAUCUGCAUGGAGGGGGUAUUUACAAAAAAUAUGAGCCUAGUAUUUUGUGUGUAUGUAGUGGUCGUACAUGAACGUACUGUAUGUAUAAGCAAGCUCAUACCUAAUAUGAGGGGCAUCCAGAAAGCAAGUUCCAAUUGGUAUUUAGAAACACAAAACCGUGUUUUGUUUUCCUGGGUUUUGUCAUUUUUUCAUUAAAAAUUUUAUUUGCA